AAAGAUAUUGUAUGUUUGAACUGACGCAAUCUUUGUUGCAUUGGUUAUCAAAUUUUACAAAUAUCACGCUCAUGCUUUUGUGGAACAGACGUGUACACAAAUUUGAUUUGCUAAGAAAGUACAAAGUACGAGUGAUGGUGGGGACACUCCCGACCAACAUUGUUUUAUAACAAUGGAUUGGUAUAAGCAAAAUGCAGUAUCAUAAAAGCCGCUAUAAUACGUACGAGGAUUCGAUUGAAACGAGCGGAUACAAUCAAAAGGAUGUCAACAUUAAGUUUCCCGUUUAACUGUAUUAUUCUGUUAGUUUGUUUUCAAGAAAUUUUAUCGAUACCCAACAUCUCUAGCAGUUCAUCAAAUAACGAGGGUAUCGAGAUUGUCAACGGAUGUGCAUGUGUCCAAAAGCUACCGAAACUGAAUUGUCCCAAUCAGAAUCAUCACUCGACAUCUCGUGAUACUUCCUUAGGCGAAAAUUAUUAUUUCACACCUGGAAUCGGCGCGCACAAACUGCACACCAGAGCACGAACUUGGAACGAUGCACGAAAAGUUUGCAUUGAUGAAGGUGGGCAUUUGGCAAUCAUCAAUUCUGAUGCAGAAGAGCGUGCAUUAUUGGAUAUAUUCAAACGAACGGGUCCGAUAAAGGGUUCCUGGGUCAACGACGAAGCCUUUUUAGGUAUACACGAUCUGUUCGCAGAGGGCGAUUGGACAACGGUAUUCGGUGAUUCGCUAGCAAAAGCUGGCUUCACCACAUGGAGUAAUAAGUGGAGUGGACAGCCAGAUAAUUGGAAUAACACACAACAUUGUGGAGCAAUUUUAAAGGAAGGCGGAAUGGACGAUGUAACCUGCAAUCAACCGCACGCAUUCUUCUGCGAAUUGCCUAACAUAUUGUUUUUGAAUCAGGAUAUCUCAUAAGUAAUGACAUUUUCUCAAAAAUUUUUCAAAUAAAAUCAAAUACAUACAAUAUUCUCUCGAGAAGUGUGAGAACCUCGGGUCCAGAGUUUCACAUUUAUAGAAUAAGUACUACAUUCUUUGUAAUGAGUGAACGUAGAAAAGAAUAACGACACAAAAAACAAAAGAAGACUGAAGUUCGACACGUUCGACAAACAUGAAAGAUUUGUGCGAGUUCUGCCUUUUCAAUUUAAAAAUCAAAAUUUUCUGUUUUUAAUUUUUUGUGAAAUAAACUUGUACCAUCGUAUUAGUCUCGUUUUUUUUUUGUUAAUCAAAUAAUAUUAAAUAUGAU